UAUAUACUCGCGCCCUGCUGCACAGGUGAGUUGUUGUUGUGGUCAGCGCCCGUCACACGACAUCAGUACCUGGCGACAACAUGAUUCUCACAGACAGACCCUUCCUUCCUGCUGCAGGUGUCGGACUGUAUCCAGAGGUAUGUCCAAAGAUGGCCAAGUCGGAUGACAUCACCAUCUUCAUGACCUCGGAUGGCCUGGAGUGGGGUCAGUUCCUGGCUGGCCAGCUGGACGCCUUCAAGGGCAAGGUGACGUACAGGACCCUGCAGCUGGAUGACAUGGAGUACGAGAAUCCAACGGAAGUGACGCACGCCUGUACCAACAGCCUCGUGGUCCUGCUGCUGGCAUCUCCGGACACCCUGAACUACAUGCACGAGAAGGCCGGGUGGUUCUCCCUCACCAUGCAGACGGUUCCUGCCACCAGCGCCGUGGUGGUGGUGACGUUGAUGGGCAAGGAGGACGUGGACCGCUACACGGCAAGCACCUACGACACGUCACGCUGGACGUACAAGGACCCCGGCCACAGACACGAAGACGUGCAGCAGAUGGUGGCCGACAUCCUGGACAUUGUCGACAGGUGUCGCCACAGCAAACCCAAGGAGCCCAGCAUCAGCCGCUCGUCCUCCAGACCCAAGCUGUGCGUCAAGCUCUUCCCCUCCACAGUCUAUGAGCCCGAGGUGACGGUGGCCCUGGUGUUCACGGAGGCUGUGGAGGGAGAGGUGGUGGUCAAGUUUGGCAAGAACGAGAAACCAGUUGUGACGUCACGCCUCAACUCUUAUGUCGUCACCUUCCCUGCGCCAGUGAUGCCCCAGGGCAAGCACAGGCUUGUGGUGACGGCGGGUGGACGUACCCAGCGGACUGAGCUGACGUACAUCGGGGUGGAGACGGCCUUCUGCAGCACCCACUACCUGUGUCAGUGUCUGGGUGUCAGUGAUGACCACGAGCUGGACCUGCGCCUGAAGGACAUCUUCGUCUCCUCCCUCCCCGGCGACAACGUGCUGGACGCCAUCUUUAAGGGCUUGCCGGACUCGGAGUCGACAGACUCGCAGAAGAACGCCAACUGCAGGUACCCGACUCUGCUGCACUUCGCCGCGGCCAAGGGUCUGGCCGAGUUGUGCUCCGCCCUGGUGGAGUGUCCGGGUAGCUCGCGCGCCUACUACGUCAGGAACUGUGACGGCCUUGACCCCGCUGACCUGGCCUUUCAGGAGGAGUUCGACGAGCUGGGCAACUACAUCAUCGACUUCAUGACGAUGCAGCAUGCGGAGGACCUGUACGCCCACUACGUCACGCUGCGUCAGCCGGAUGACGUCUUCCCAGGUGACGACCUGUAUGAGGACAUGAGUCGCUGGUCCCGCUCACCUGUAUCCCCCCUGCGUACUGCGCCUCCACCACCGGCCCCCACGUCACCCAGGGCUCCUCCACAGCUACCUCCACGGGCACAGUCCAUGGACAAUGUUCUGAAGCACGUGCCGGUGGACCAGCUCAAGGCCGCCACUCUACCAAAUCCACGCAGGAACCCUCCCCCCGUCCCUCCGGACCCUGCCGCCUUCAUGGGCAUGACGGGUGGACAGACAGGUGUAGUACUACCCCGGGGGGCAGUGGGGUCCCGCACGCAGAGCGAGCUGAUUGAGAUCCACGAGCUGUUCAAGUCCGGCGAGAUCAGCAUCAACGAGGCGCAGAUGUUGUUCAACUCCUGGCAGCAGCGGUGUGGACGCAACACGGCCGUCAGCUUCAAGGACAGACAGAAGGAGCUGGAGAAAAUUCGCAGCGAGUAUCUCAAGAAAAGGAAGGAUUCGGGCAAAGAGCAUCGCGACAUCUUCAGCUGGGUGCGCAAGGGCAAGAACAAGGAGAGCAUCCGACCUAACAUUUCUGAGCCUGUGGUGCCCCGCCAGUCCACCAAGUCCGUCUCCUACUUCAAGCCCAAGAACGAGCUGCUGAUACAAGACAGGAGCAGCACAGCCAGCACCGGAAGCUCCUCGUCGUCACGUGACAGCGGCUGGAGCGUGGGGUCACGGGAAAGCAGCCUGUCCGCCUCAGUGGAGAAGUCUGACAGCGAGGACCAAGAGGACGAACUCUCCUCGUCUACCGACGUCACACGAAGGCCGCGGACAUCGACAUCAUCCCUGACGAAUCCGUCAGUCGCUCGGCGGCCAGUUCCUUCAGCAAAUGCAGCAGACGGACCAUCGGGUGGACAGCGACCCCGUCCCUCCACCCCGACCGCCUCCACGCCGGAAGUAACUGAUGAACUCCUGGCAGCACCAGCGGCACCUACCACCACCUACACAUCGGCUGCAAGUCCUGGUGGUGACGAGUUCAUGAGACUUGAGGCAUGGUGCCGAUGGUGUGAGCUACUGUAA